UCAGAGUUGGGGUGGGCACAGGGCUGUCCCCCAGCUCUCCCUGCGCCCUCCCUGUAGUUCCAGGGCACCUGGUAUGUGGUCGGGGUGGCAUCAGAUGACCAGGGCUUCCUAGACUCCAAGGACAACCUGAAGAUGCCCGUGGUCUUGGUGAACCCCUUGGCAAACGGUGACCUGGCCCUCAAGUUUGGGUACUCUACGCCUGAUGGCGGGUGCCAGAAGGUGGACACGACCUUCACUAAGGGUGCUGUGGAUGGGCAGUUCAGCGACACUGCCUUGGCGCAGACGGACAUCCGCGUGGUGUCCACCGACUACAAGCAUUUCGCAGUGCUGUACGUGGAGACGCAGAAGGAGGGCGUCAGGAGCGUCUGGCUGCAGCUCUACGCCCGCGCCCCGGAGCUGUUUCCCGAGGGCGCCCAGAAGAUGCAGCAGCUGGCGCCCCAAGUAGGCCUGAACCCCAGCCAGGGUGCCCUGCUGCCCUCAUCAGACCAGUGUGCUGGCGCCUUCUCCUAGGUGAGUACCCAGGGCCAGGCCUGGACUCCCCUCCCCAGACUGUGCAGUGCCCCGUGCCCCAUGCCCCAGGGUCCCUCCUGGCCAAAAGCUGCACAGUGGGGGUCCUCAUCCUGGGAACAAGGUGGGGACCGUCCCAUGGAAUCAAAGGGGGACAGCAAGCAGCAGUGGGGAGGAACAGAGUGGGGGCCCUCGGCCUGGGCCCAGGCAGGAGGCGAGAAGAUGGUGCUCACCCCGCUCCGCCUGCUGUCUUGUUUGCAAGGAAGGACCUGGCCCAGGAGCGCCCACCUUGGGGGCCCACGCUCUGCACGCUAGGCCUCCCCCAGAGAGCGCACACCACUUCUCUCUGCCAUCCCUUCCCCAGCACAAUAAAUCAUCUCCUG